UGGACGCCCGCUGUUGGUCUAAAUGGCGCCACUGCAAUGUAGCUGGCUUGUUUUUAAAAAGCCACACACGGUCAAACUGUGGGGGAUUUAAAAAAAAAAAAAAAAGAAAACGCGCGCGAGGAGCCAGUGUUGUGGUGUGAAAAAUGAAGACUUAAAUCUCCGCGCUCGGGGAACAAUCCAACCGCCGUAUGCGAUGCAAAUGUCAACGUCACUUCCGCUCAUUUCUUUGAGCCAUUUUGGAUGUGGGCACUUUCUCGGCUGGAUGUGUAUUGUAUUGUCAGGAGAAGAAUGGGGCAGGAGACCUCGUUAACGUAGACACGCAUUCCCAAGCUUGAGAGACAGGAGGGGAGCUUUCCUUUUUGGGUCCUUCAGCAUGUGUUCGCCCUCGCCGAGCUUUCAUUCGUCAUAUGAGGUUCGGAGCGAGUGUGUUGCUGUUUGCUGAGCGAAGGAAGGAGCAGAAGGCUGGCGAGGGAGACCAAUGGCGGGGUGACUGGCUCUCCGCUCUCCCACUUCGGAUCCUCAACUCACCUGUACGGAUAUCGCCGAACGAGCGGGGCGACUAGUGGAAGUCUCGGUCCAUCGCUUCGGCCCUUCGCCGCCGGGGUGACGCUCUACUUUAUAAACGCCAAGCGCGGAUGUAAGAGCAGGCCACCAAAAUGUUCCAGCUCCCUGUCAACAACCUGGGCAGUCUGCGCAAGGCUCGGAAAAAUGUCAAGAAGGCCCUGGGAGACAUCGGCUUGGAGUACUGCAGAGAUCACAUAGAGGACUUUAAAGCUUAUACACCUCCAGAGGUGUAUAUAAAGCACACUUCUUGGGAAGAUGUCUGCAUGUGGGAGCCAUCACAUACCAAAGUCCAAGACUACAGAUCCAAACCUUUCUGCUGCUCUGGCUGCCUCUUCUCAACCAAAUACUUCUCAGCAUACAAGAGCCACUUCCGCAAUGUCCACAGUGAAGACUUUGAGAACAACAUACUGCUUAAUUGCCCCUACUGCACUUACAACGGGAACAAAAAGAGCCUGGAGACGCACAUCAGACUUUUCCACAUGCCUAGCAACACCGUGCGCCAGGGUCCUGUGGCCAUGGUGGGCGGUGCCAGUGGUCUCAUGAUGAAGGACGGCCUCCUAAAGAGGCCGGGGGACAGUGUGGAACAGGCUGUGUAUUACUGUAAGAAGUGCACCUACCGGGACCCUUUGUACAAUGUGGUGCGGAAGCACAUCUACAGGGAACACUUCCAACAGGUGGCUCAGCCUUACAUUGCAAAACCAGGAGAGAAGACAACCACUCCAAAUGGGGGCCCCACCGCAAAGGGAGAGGGUAACAAUGCAAACAGCACCACGAGUCAUCAGAUCCACUGCAAGAAGUGUCUGUUUGUCCCAAGGACCUAUGAGGCACUUGUUCAACAUGUCAUUGAGGACCACGAGAGGAUUGGCUACCAAGUUACUGCCAUGAUUGGCCACACCAGCGUGAUUGUCCCCCGGCCGAAGCCCAUCUUACUGAUGCCCCCGAAAACUCAUGGAGACAAGACCAUCAUCGGCAUGGGGCCGAAGGGGGUCGUCAUGGCCACCACUAGGCCUUCAGUUUCUCAGCAGAUGGCUCGAGUUGCCACCACAUCAAAGCCAAGCUUUGGCUCUCAGACUCUACUCGCUGGAAUUAAACACGAGUCAUUGGGCUUAAAGUCAGGGACCAACCAGCCCUUCUCUUUUGCAGGCCAACAGAUGAAGGGCACUGUACCAGGGAAUGCCCAGGUUUCGCCACAGCUGCACUCUGCAAAACAUCACUUUACUGGAGGCAGCCUGCGGAGCCCGAUGGUGGUCAGUGCUGCAUCCUCCCUCAAGUCAAACCCCCUGGGCUCUCGGGUCCAGGCAGCAGCCACCACCUUUGCAUCAGUCACAGCCAAGAAGAGCGGCUCCUCGGUCCUGAACACAUCCUACACCCAGAAGUGGAAAAUCUGCACCAUUUGCAACGAGCUUUUCCCAGAGAAUGUGUACAGUUCUCACUUUGAGAAAGAACAUAAAGCUGAGAAGGUGCCCGCUGUGGCCAACUACAUCAUGAAGAUUCACAACUUCACCAGCAAGUGUCUCUACUGCAACCGCUAUCUCCCCAGUGACACCUUGUUAAACCACAUGCUCAUCCAUGGGCUGUCGUGUCCACACUGCCGCGCCACCUUCAAUGACGUGGAGAAGAUGGUGGCUCACAUGCGUCUCUCUCACCCAGACGAGCCAGUGGGGCCUCGCACAGACUCCCCCCUGACUUUCGACCUCACACUGCAGCAGGGCAACCCAAAAAACAUUCAGUUGAUUGUGACUACCUACAACAUGAAAGAUGCCCCAGAGGAGUCUGUGGCCUUUCAUUCCCAAAACAACACCCCCGCGUCACCCUCCCUGUCCACCACGCUGCUGUCAGCCAAAAGGUUAUUGUCUCAGCACCCACCUAAAACACUCUCGGUGGUACCUGAGAGCGCGCCUGUUAAGAAUGUCCCACAAACGUCUGUACCAUACAAAAAGGACGUGGGGAAGACCCUGUGUCCACUUUGUUUUUCAAUACUCAAGGGUCCAAUCUCGGACUCGCUGGCCCACCACUUGAGAGACAAGCAUCAAGUCAUUCAGACUGUCCACCCGGUUGAGAAGAAACUAACCUACAAGUGUAUUCACUGUCUGGGUGUGUACACCAGUAACAUGACUGCCUCAACCAUCACCCUACAUUUGGUGCACUGUCGAGGCGUAGGCAAGUCCCACAACGGCCAGGAGAAGUCUACUCACACCUCCCGAAUCAGUCAGGGGCAGGGGGGUGCCAUGAAACGGGCCGCCUUAGAUAGCACUGAUACUAGUGCGCCAAAGAGGAAGAGGCGGGGACCUCCUGGGGAGAGAGCACACCCAAGGGAUAUUAACGGUCCAUUUGAAGAAAACCCAGAUGAGCCUGUUGCCCUCGCGCUAGAUCCCAAAGGACUUGAAAAUGAGUCGUACGAAUCUAGGAAGGCGUUUCUCACACAGUACUUCAAUCGAGCACCUUACGCCACGCAGCGAGAAGUGGAGAAGCUGGCGGCCGGUCUGUGGCUGUGGAAGUCCGACAUCUCCAGCCACUUUGUUAACACACGCAGGCAAUGCACACAGGAAUGUGAAAGCCACAACCCCAGCGUCCUACUUGGGUUCAAUAUGCACGAGGUCUGCAAAGUGAGCCAUGGCCUGGUGUUGGACGGGGGUACCGGCCCAUGCCAGAGCCAACCGACCCGAAGGCGCACAUCUCGGACACGCUUAGGCCUGUCGGAACAAGCUCGCCAGAGGCGCAAGGAGUCAGCCGCUGCAAAUAGCGGGGUCAGGAACAUCAAGUGUUUUAACUCCAACCUGAACACUAGCAGAGACCCAACUGAGACAAUCAACAGCACCCCACUCCAGAAGACACCCACAGACCCUUCCGAGCCCAUUGCCAUUGAUUCUGACAGCGAAGAGGAAGUCCAGCGGGAGUCGUCUCAAGUGCUGCGUCAACCUCCAGGAUCAGAUGGAGCAACAGUACUCAAGGAGGGGGUCAAGGUCACAUCGGGCCUACAAGACGUGUUUGAGGACGACGACGAGGAGGAUGAUGAUGACGAUGACGACGACGACGACGAAGAAGGGGUGCAUCUAGAGAACGGCUUCGGGCCCGCAGAGGCAGCCAAAGCAAGAGAUGCGCUGCCCAUCAUUAUUCCCAAAUUCGUACCCUCGUCUGCCAGGCGGCGUGGCGACGGCGCACAGCUGGGUAAGCAGCAGGUCUGACUACUUACAUCACGUUGGACGAUUUUUUUUUUUUCAGACCUGCAGCCCCACACCAACAAAUCUGCCUCACCCAGACCCAAGGAACACACAAAGUAACUCCAAACAAGCCAUCCAAUGACGUUUCAAUUGACUUGAGGGCACUGGACAGCAUGGAAGUUUCAGAGUACACCGUGAGGUUUUAGCAAACUAGAAGUAUUUCUGGCUUACACCAAACAAAAGGCAUUAGCGUUGAUUUAGCCACUGGAUUUGUAAACAUGACCAGAUAAUCCAAUGGGGUUUUUUUUCUUCUUUUUUUACCCAAGUAGUUUUUCCAAAAAGUUGUAAAUUUGUACAGUCUUUUCGACAUGUUUGGCCAGAUGACGCCGAACAUCACCUCUUGGAUAUUUGCUGUCUAAAGUAGACAUCCGUAUGCUUCAUGAUAGAUGUUGCUUUGGUUGCUGGUCUUUUCUUAUGUUAACUUUAUUUUUUAACUAAAUAUUUUUUUCUUUUGCAAAAUAAGAUAUGAAUAAAUAAUUGUUAAAUUG